AUGGCUUCCGAGAUCCCGAAGAUCAAGGUCAAGAACCCCGUGGUCGAGCUCGAUGGCGACGAGAUGACGAGGAUAAUAUGGCAGGACAUCAAGGACAAGUUUAUCCAUCCUUACCUCGAUAUCGACCUGAAGUACUACGACCUUGGCCUUCCCUAUCGAGACGAGACGAACGAUCAGGUGACUCUGGAUGCUGCGGAAGCGAUCAAGAAGUAUAGUGUUGGUGUGAAAUGUGCUACUAUCACUCCCGACGAGCAGAGAGUGGAAGAGUUCAAGCUGAAGCAGAUGUGGCUGAGUCCUAACGGAACGAUAAGAAAUCACCUUGGCGGCACAGUCUUCAGAGAGCCUAUCGUGAUUCCUCGCAUUCCUCGUCUGGUGCCAGGAUGGAAGAAACCUAUUGUCAUCGGUCGUCAUGCGUUCGGCGACCAGUACCGAGCCAAGGACAAGGUGAUCGACGGCCCAGGUACUCUCGAGAUGGUCUUCACACCCAAGGGCGGCAAGCCAGAGAAGAUUCAAGUGUUCGAGUUCGACGAGAAGACACAAGGUGGUGUCGCACAAACGCAAUACAACACAACCGAGUCCAUUCAAGGUUUCGCGCAUGCAUCCUUCAAGCACGCUCUGAGCUUGAACAUGCCUAUGUACAUGAGCACUAAGAACACUAUUCUGAAGAAAUACGACGGCAGGUUCAAGGACAUCUUCCAGGAGAUCUACGAGGCCCAGUACAGGAAAGAAUUUGAGGCCAAGGGUAUCUGGUACGAGCAUCGUUUGAUCGACGACAUGGUGGCACAAAUGAUCAAGAGUGAAGGUGGCAUGGUCAUUGCUAUGAAGAACUACGACGGCGACGUCCAAUCCGACAUCGUAGCCCAAGGCUUCGGCUCCCUCGGCCUCAUGACCUCCGUCCUCAUCACCCCCGACGGCAAGACCUACGAAGCCGAAGCCGCCCACGGUACCGUCACCCGCCACUAUCGCGAACAUCAAAAAGGCAACCCCACCUCCACCAAUCCCAUCGCCUCCAUCUUCGCCUGGACGCGCGGACUAGCGAAACGAGGAGAGUUGGAUGGGACUCCUGAGGUUGUGAAGUUUGCGGAAAGUUUGGAGGAGGCAUGUAUCCAUGUUGUAGAUAAGCAGGGAAUCAUGACGAAGGACUUGGCGAUUUCGUGUGGGAAGAAGGAUGAUUAUGUUACUACGACGGAGUAUUUGAAUGCUGUGGAGAAGAGGAUGAAGGCUGUGUUAAGUGCGAAGUUGUAG